CUUUGGCUGCGGCCCCGGUGUAGUAGCGGGGGCGGCGGCCGGGGGUAGCGCGGCUCCUUCCCUUGUUGUGUGUGUCGGUGCCUCCUCGCCAUCUUGUUGCAAAGCCUUUUCUUGUCGGCGGGACUCCCGGGGGCCGCGGGGCGGGAGGCAAUAGAAGGAAGGAAGAGAGGGAGGGGAAGGAAGAAGGCAGUGCCGCCUCUUUUUUUCUUUGCAUCAAAUUAUUUUAAAUUUGCAAAUUAUAUUUUGCAAAUAUUUUGGGAGACAUUGAUUUUCCUGCCCGUGCUCCCCCGUUCUUGCCUGCGGAGUGCGCUGCGCCGCCCAGCCCUGUCGCCCCCCGGAGGUGAUCCCUCCCUCCUGCCUGCCCGCCAGCCUGUCCUGUGCCUGGCUCGCGGGCCGCAGUCUCGGCCCCGGCGCGCCCCCGGCAGCUCUCAGCGCGAUGAGCAUAGAGACGCUACUGGAGGCGGCCCGCUUCCUGGAAUGGCAAGCGCAGCAACAACAGAGAGCACGUGAGGAGCAGGAGCGUCUUCGCUUGGAACGGGAACAGGAGCAGAAGAAGGCCAGCAGCCUGGCCAGGCUGGCCCAUGCCCUGCCUGUGGAGGAACCCCGCAUCGAGGCACCACCCCUGCCUCUGUCGCCACCAGCACCCCCACCAGCACCCCCACCGGCACUUGCCACCCCCACCCCACUGACUGUCAUUCCUAUUCCAGUAGUGACCAACUCCCCUCAGCCCCUGCCCCCGCCCCCACCACUGCCCCCUGCAGCCCAGUGAUUGAUUCUGUCUCCUCCUUGAUGUACCCUGGACUACACGCAUGGACGGCUCCGUAACGAUUCAGCUCCCCUGCCCACCAGGCCGCAGAUGCCCACCCCUGCCCCUCUACUGCCAGACUCCAAGCCCACCGGCAGCCCCAAGCCUUUGCAGCCCCUCCCCACACCCAUCCUGACCAUAGCACCCCACCCUGGAGUCCAGCCCCAGCUGGCCCCCCAGCAGCCACCCCCACCCGCUCUUGGGACCCUGAAGUUGGCACCAACGGAAGAAGUCAAAUCCGGCGAACAGAAGAAGAGGCCUGGGGGGAUCGGAACCAGAGAAGUCCACAACAAACUGGAGAAGAACAGAAGCAGGUUGGCUGUGGGGGGAUGUUCGCGGUACUGUGGGCCCCAAGGUUGCUGCUCAGGGUGUCCUGCUUUUCCUUGCCCUGCUCUCCAGUCCCUGAAGAGGAAGGAGAAGGAAUAUGAGCAUGAGAUGGAGCGGCUGGCGCGGGAGAAGAUCGCCACGCAGCAGCGGUUAGCGGAGCUCAAACAUGAGCUGAGCCAGUGGAUGGACGUGCUAGAGAUUGACCGUGUGCUCCGACAGACAGGCCAGCCCGAGGACGACCAGGCUUCCACCUCUACUGCCUCUGAGGGCGAGGACAACAUAGAUGAGGAUAUGGAGGAGGACCAGGCCGGCCUGGGCCUACCCAAGCUGAGCCAUCGCCCCCACCCGGAGCUGCCGAAGCCACCGCCCAGCACCGCCCCUGUGCCUCUGCCUCCCCACCCACACGCCCACUCCCAGCCUGUGGCCCUGUCUCCAGCCCAUCUGCCUGGGCAGCAGCCGCCACCACAGCAGAAGACACCUCUGCCGGCUCCUCCUCCCCCACCAGCUGCCCCUGCCCAGACGCUGGUACCAGCUCCAGCCCAUUUGAUGGCUGCAUCUGGGGGAGGCUCCACGGUCAUCGCCCACACAGCCACCACCCACGCCUCAGUCAUCCAGACUGUGAACCACGUUCUCCAGGGGCCAGGCGGCAAGCACAUCGCCCACAUUGCCCCCUCAGCCCCCAGCCCUGCUGUGCAGCUGGCACCUGCCACACCCCCUAUUGGCCACAUCACAGUGCACCCUGCCACCCUUAACCACGUGGCCCACCUUGGCUCCCAGCUUCCCCUGUACCCACAGCCUGUGGCAGUGAGCCAGCCCGUGGCGGUGAGCCACAUUGCCCACACCCUCUCGCACCAGCAAGUGAAUGGCACAGCUGGGCUGGGGCCCCCCACCACCGUCAUGGCAAAGCCAGCCGUGGGGGCUCAGGUGGUGCACCACCCCCAGCUGGUGGGCCAGACAGUGCUCAACCCUGUGACCAUGGUCACCAUGCCCUCCUUCCCGGUCAGCACACUCAAGCUGGCUUGAGGAGGAGGCCACUCAGAGGCCCCCAGUGGGGGCAAGAAGGGGAACCUGUCCCCACACUCUCCCACCAGCUCCACACAUUCCAGUCCGGCCCAGGCCCACCCCACCCACCCCCACCCCCAGGCCUCCUAGGGGAAGGGGGUGCAGAGACUCUGAGCCAGGGGAGGGAGGGGCCACCCCAGGGAGCUGGGCACAGGGCAGGGGGUUAGUUCACUGCACUAGGACUUGGUAAAGUGAUGAGAGACGCUCUGGUGGACGUGCUGCCGAUUCAGCCUGGUGCUGUUCCUGCCUCCCCGUCCUGUCCCCUGAAACAGUUUGAUGUGGAUGUCAUGUUCUCUGCCUUCUCCCUCCCCUGCUGCCUUCCUGUGCUGCUGCUGCUAUUGCUCUGUCUGGUGAUGUGGCUGAGGAUCUGGGCCCUCCCUCCUGAGCCUCAGCCUCUCUUCCCAGGCCUAUGGAGGGGAAAGAGGAGGAAUUGAACUGAAGCAACUUGGCUCAGAAAGUUGGGGAGCACUGUGGGCCCUAUUCUGAGUACAGGUGAGAAGUCCUAGGAAGUGGCUGUCUGGAGUCCUACGCAGACAGGUGGGUGCCCCAGCCUGGGGCGCGCCAACCCAGUUGCAGUCACUGAUUGCUUACAGCAGAACUAGUUAGGAUUUUCUACCAACAGUAAACCAAACCCAAGCUGUUGCCAAGUUUCUGAGCCUUUCACCCCUUACCACUGGGCUCCUGACCUCAAGAGGGCAGGCUGAGGGUGGGGUGGGGUGGGGGAGAAGGGGUUUGGCUGUCCCAUCGUCCCCACCGUCCCCAGCCUGGGUCUGGACUGAGAGCUGCUCUGGACCCCUGUUCCCAUCCCUAGGUGUGGCUUUUGGCUUCCAGAAGGCUGUCACUCCCCCGAUUCACUGGCCUCUGCUUAGUGCUCUGCACUCCCCUGAGGAUGGGUACCUGGGGGUGCCACCUGGGAGACAUGGAACAACAUCUGGUCUGGGUUCCAGGAGCCUGAAGCCACACUGUUGAGGCAAUUAGGAAGUGAAACGGCAGGGGUUCCUCUCGGCUCCCAGCCCUUUCCCACGGAGGCGCUGAGCACCUGUAGAGGGAGCAGAGCCGGGCUGUUGCAGGGCUGCUGCUUCUGCCCCAACAACUGUCUCUAGCGUCAUCUCCGCCCCGAACGUUGCCCUUUCUCCAGUGGGCGUUACUGAGUGAACCCUGGUGGGGGCUUCUGUGUGCCACCGCCUUCCUCUGAGGAAAGGUCCUUAGUUGGGCCAAGGGCAGGGCUGAGCUUGGGGUGGAGAGGAGUGAGGGGAGCUGGUGUGUAGGGGAUGCUGUUUUCCCUGCCUCCGCCUUGGCAGACUUCGACUUUUUUUAUUUUCCUAAUAUAUUUUUAUUAAUUUUGGAGAGGGAGGGAGAGACAGAAACAUCAAUGAUGAGAGAGAAUCAUUGAUUGGCUGCCUCCUGCAUACCCCCAACUGGGGAUUGAGCCCCAACCCAGGCAUGUGCCCUGACUGGGAAUCGAACCAUGACCUGGUUCAUAGGUCGAUGCUCAACCACUGAGCCACUCCGGCUGGGCGGGGUCUCUUUUUAUGUAGGUAUUUAUUACAAGUGGCCUUGUGUCAGACACACCAUUACACACGCGUGCACACUUGGCUCCCCACCUGGACACACCAAUGGCCUUUCAGUGUGGAGAGGACGAGAGUGUCCCUAGGUGUGAAGUUUGCACUGACAGGUUGGGGCCCAGGAUCCUCUGGAGGCCCCCGCAGAGGUCUUGAAUAGAUUUAUAUGCCUAAGAACUCCCUUUCAGUUCCUCCCUGGUCCUGGAGCCCUCCCAGGGGACUUUCUCCCGUCUCUCCUGGGGGCGGGGGAAGGGAAGGCCUUUCAGAUGCCUUAGAGGCCUCCAGGGAGAGUCCCAUUCGGCCCCCAGCCCCACGCAGCGCUCCCACCUCACAAGCUUGCUGCCUUCCUGCACUUGCAGCCGCUAGCACCACCCAGGUCCUCUGGAGCCAGUUCCACUCCCGAUGUGAUUACAAUGGAAAGAACAGGGAGAAGGGCAGGCCUGGUGCCCAGGGAAGAGUCCGGAACAUGGUGAACCGCCUCUCCUCAGCUCCGUUCACCUCCCUACAUCCUGAGGCUGGUCCAGAGUUAAAACUUGUGUCAGCCAGUCGCCCCUCGGGCCUGCACAGAUACCUCAUCCGCCCGCUGCCCGUGCCCCUCUCCGUCCCCAGCAGUGGGGGCUCUGAAUCUAGUGCCGAAUGACUAUGUCCAGACUGGUGACGAUGGGUGUUGCUGUUCUUGUUGUUUGUGAAUGCUGUGACUGUGCCCGAGAGGGCAGCCGCCCAGCCCUCCGGGCAUCUCCCUUCUGAGAGCUAUCAGGACCACAUCUGUCCUCACCCUGUGGGACCGCCUGCCCUGCCCCUCCCCUCCCCUCCCCUCCCCAGCCCUUCCAGCCUGGGGGACGUGCGCACACACACAUCUUACCUCUCAUGCGUGUUUUACUUUUUGAUGUUCAGAGUGGCUCACUGGCUGGGAAUCUUUACCUCGGGGAGAGGGGGAGGUUGGUUCCCUGGGGGGGCCAAAGAAGGGCAGGGAACGCCUGGAGGGAAACGGGGGCGGGGGUCACCAGAACCCCUGCUCUCUCCAGGAACAGCUGCUGCUCCCCCAUCCCAGGAUCCCACCCCCGUCCCCCAAAGAGGUGGCCCUUGUUUACAGUGAGGACUCGGUCACUGUGUCUCUGUUUCCUGAAAUAUAAAUCGUAGUGACCCCAGACUGUAGAGAUUUUUAUGUGUUUGGAUACAUCUGCUGUGUGGGAAAAAAAUUACAAAAAACCCUACUUUUGUACAUAUUGUAUUUUUACUAUUGAACUGUAUUCUAGUGGCUGUUCAUGCUCCAAGACUUUAGGUAUUGAGACAUGAAUACUAUCCAUGUAAUAAGCACUUGCCUGGAAUAAAAUAUAAAAUUGAAAUAAACCUGCACUGAAACCGGA